UUCUACUGCAGACGAGAAGGAGGCAGAGCAGGAGCCGCGUCCCUGUCUCCCAAUGACGUAGUGAGGAGAGAGAGAGAGAGAGAGAGAGAGAGAGAGAGAGAGAGAGAGAGAGAGAGAGAGAGAGAGAGAGAGAGAGAGAGAGAGAGAGAGAGAGAGAGAGAGAGAGAGAGAGAGAGAGAGAGAGAGAGAGAGAGCGGUGCACCGUGUAACGUCGUUUAUGUGUACCGUCGCUCUCUCCCCGAUGCCACGCCGCUGUCGUUGAUGUACUGACAGGAUUUAAUUUGGGUCCACGAAACAAGCGUGUAAUGAAUCCACCUCAACGCUCUCCGGACAUUAGUCUCCAUGAAACACACUUUUGCAUACAUUACUGUGGACACGGGCUGUUAAUGCUCUGGAGCAUGGCAGCAGAGCGGGCGGCGGGUGUGUGUGAGUACCAUUCCGAGGCAGCAGCGACACGGUGUUUAGUUACUAUGGAAGACGCUAACCGAAACCUCAGUCCUGUGUAACUUUGUUCCUGAUUUUGGUACUUUAAUAUUUGAUUUAUUGAAAUCGUAUACCGUUGUUUACCAAACGCACUUAAUAAAAGCACAAGUGUGUGUGUGAGCCUGAACUGUCUGACUGUAGUGUCGAGGCGUCACUGAGGGCUGGAGGACUGUGAGGACUUCCCCGGGAGGAGAGCUUCGUACCGCGGUUCUGGACGUUUAAACACCCGUAACACGGUGCAACUGGACCUUUAAACAUCCGUAACACGGUGUUUUAAAACAGUGUUUGAUAGCCUAGCCCCUAGCAUCCCGUCCGCCGGGCUCUUGGCGCUCAACCGCGCGUGUUCGCGUAGCUGCUCCUGGUCCAAUCACGCGGAGCUAUCUCCCGCCCGCCACCGCCGUGCACACGCCCGCGCGCACGCCCGCCGGGAGGACCAUGGCACUCCUCCCUCCGCGAGUCAUCAGCGGGACCCGCCGUCCUCAACCCCAAACUCAGAGGCGCAGUAAAGGAAUGGCAUUGUUCCUCCUCCUCCUCAUCGUCUCCGCCUUACCGUCCUCCGCUGCUGUGCGCAAUACAUCUGCAGGGUGUGCCAUCAUCCGCCCGCCCCGGGACGGUGGGAUCCGGUACCGGGGCCUGACCCAGGAGCAGAUCCGCAGUGUGCAGGUCCUGCCCGUGGACUACGAGAUCGAGUACAUCUGCAGAGGGAACCGCGUGAUCGUCGGGCCCAAGGUCAGGAAGUGUCUGCCCGACGGCACCUGGACCGACCUGACCCAGCACAGCCGCUGCUUGCUGCUGUGUGCGCGCGUGUGGACGUCCCUGGAGAACGGCCGCGUGUCCCACUGGCCCCCGGGGCCCCCCGUAGAGGGCACGGUGCUCAGCUACAGCUGCCUGCCCGGCUUCAUCCUCAUCGGCCGCAACUCCACCCACUGCAACAAGAUGGGCAAGUGGGACACGCCCAAGCCCGUCUGUCACUAUGAUCGCCACUACACAGGUGAGAUCGCCCCUCUAGUGAUGUGUGAAUGCAUGCUCCUCCACAACUCUGUAUAACUAUGUGAUCUUCUAUCAAACCCACUGCAUGAGAAGCAUACCAUGAGCACGUCCAUCACUGUCACCUUUAGAUUUAUCUCACUGCUACUACCAGUGAUAAAGACCCCUAUAGAGUAUAUUUAAAUAAAUAUACCCUGCUUAAAGUAAUUUAGAAGAUUUCCAAAAUAUAUUGGCUACAAUUUGUAUAAAUGUUUGACAUUUGAUCAUCAAAUAUUGAUGUUAUAUAUGUUAUAAGCUUCGAUGUAGGCCAAUCGCUAUUCAUCGGAAUUCAUUCUCUAUAAUCUUUAAAUCUCCUACUUCCAAAUAUUCGUGUAUAAUCAUUUUAAUAUGAUUCAUAUUUUUAUACAAUACACUGCACCAGAAUGAUUACAGUUUGUUGUUUGUUCUCAACGAUUAUCUUUACUUUGUUUAUGAGAAAAAAUACAGCUAUGUUUACUAUCCAGUUAGUAGGAUGUUAUUUUCCGAUAUUACUGAACAGCAUAUUUUUAGCAAGCUUGGUUAUUCAUUACCUUGUUAUUAAUCCUAAAACAAACCCAAAAAUAUGGCUAUGUUCAAACGUACAUUCAUAAACGGACAGUAUUAUUUAUAUAUCAGUCUACGACACAUGUCCAGUAGAUGGCAGUGUUGAAACGUGGUAAUUUCACCUCGCAGCGUUAGGCUGGGGCCUUCUCGUUCCACGCCAUUGUGCUGUGGUGUUAGGGUGAGCCACAUCCUACAUUGUUUCCUUCCUGCUGACGAUCUCUUUAACAAAGUUGACGCUAUCUGGAAAACAGUGACGCUAGCAUCUGUUAUAUUCUAGGUUUCUACCCUGAACUCUGGAAUAUAAAGAUUUAUCUACAAGUCUACAAUAAGAUAUUCAGAAAGACAGAUUCAUAGGAAUUUAUGCAUGUGUGACCAAGUAUGUUUAUAUACC